AUGGGAGGUUCAGGUCAAUUCACGCCGCCUUACUAUGAUGCGCAAGAUAUGAUUUUAGCGGAAGACGCUAAUAAUAAUGAUCAACGCAGAAGCCCAACGGGUGGUGAAGUUAUUGGCACAGAACAAGAAGUUUCAAUUGAAGUAGUAGAAAUGAUAGCUGAUUCUGUAAUAAAAAAGGUUGAGAGCAGCAGAUCUCUUUCCCGUUCUUGGGGAGGAUGUUGUAUCUACCGACUGCAUGAGAAGUUUCACAAAAUGAGUGAAUCAUAUGUGCCAGAGGUUGUCUCAAUCGGUCCCUUCCAUUGCAAGAAAGAAAACUUAAAGUCAACGGAAGAAUGCAAACUGCUCUAUAUGCAUGAUCUUCUUUGUCGUACAGCUGAAAAGAAAUACAAAGAUGUUACCGAAAUCAAUAAUGAUGAUGUUAACAAGGGUGAAGAGAUAGAAGACGUUAGAAUUCCAAGUAAUGAAAAGAGAGAAAAGAUCGAAGAAUUGGUUCGCAAGUACUCACCGUCAGGAACCGCAACAUCAAACCGAUGGUUGAUCCCAUUGAUGUAUUGUGUGGAAGCUAUUAAGAAGCUAAAGCCAAAAGCUUGUGAAUGUUACUCGGAGCCCAUUAUGCUCAAGAAUGAAGAAUUUGUGGAAAUGAUGGUAAUUGAUGGUUUGUUUAUCAUCGAACUCUUGCAAAGGUGUGCAAUGAAGCGUAAGAACAAUGUCAAGGAUGAUCCUUUAUUAGGUAAACUAUGGGUGUUAUCGAGUUUGACUCGAGAUCUGUUACUACUUGAAAACCAGCUUCCAAUGUUUGUCCUAAGGUGCCUGUUCAAUUUAACCUCACUGGAGGAUGAGCUUGAAGGUAAAUCACUUAAUAUGCUCGUUCUUGGUUUCUUUAAUCAUUUGAUGCCUAGAGAUAAAGAAGUUCUUCUGAUGCAAUCUCUAAAACACCACCAUGAAAGCAAGCAUUUACUCAAUCUAAUUGCUAAGACAUUUCAUCCUCCUCCUGUUGCGAGAAAGGCUCAGUCUCGAUGGAAAUUCUUGCAAAUCGCGACAAAGAUGAAGCCCAAAAUGCCCAUCAAUUCUGUCAAAGCAGACAACUUAUUUAGCCGAGGUGUGUGGGCAAAAAUGAACCAAGCAGGGUUCUCCAAGUUCAUCAAAGGCAGCUUCACAUCUGCCACCCAUUCUUCUCGUCCUCUUGCGGAUGUUGAGAAUGGCGCCUAUGCAUCAUCAUGGAAAUAUAUACCAAAUGCGACAGAAUUAAAACGCGCAGGAGUUAAAUUCAGAAAAGGUUCUACAGAGGGAAGUGUAUUGAAUAUCGAGUUCAAUGACGGAGUGUUAGUAAUACCUCCUAUAAUUAUUCAAGAUAAAACAGAUUUACUCUUCAGAAAUAUAAUUGCUUACGAGCAAUGUUCAGAUGGGCGCCAUAUGUACAUGACUUCUUAUGCUUUCUUGAUGGACAGUCUUAUAGAUUCAGCACAAGAUGUCGAGAUGCUCCGUAACAAAGGCAUCAUCACAAAUAUCUUAGGCAGUGAUGAGGAUGUUGCAAAUCUCUUCAAUAAGCUCUGUUGUGAGUUGAUUAUUGAUAACUUCUAUUAUUCUCGACUCCGUGAUCAAGUGAAAGAUUAUUAUAAAAAGCGUCGUCAUUUUUGGAAAGGCAUUGUGAAACGAGAUUAUUGCAACAAUCCAUGUCAAGUUCUUUCUUUGGUUGCUGGAUUCUUUCUCAUUGUUCUUACAUUCACAGGCGCCGUGUUUGCAAUUCUUUCUUUCUUUGUUCACAAGUCUUGA